AUGCAGGGCGCUGGCAGUGACGCUCCUUUCGCUCCAGACAAAGUGCGCUUUGGCGUUGAGUGGGCCUCUCCGAGCUCAGAAGAAACUCUCCUGACGCCGUACAACUUCGGCGGUCGACACAACUUGACUAGCAUCAUCGAUGGUGAGGGGGGACACGGGUUCCGCCGCUGGCCACGUGGCUGCAGGGAGUGGAUGGAGCCCGGCGUGAGUGGCCCGCGGCAACUCCGACGCGGCCCGCUACUUCCGUUCACAAUCGCAUGGCGGCAUUGGGCGCCUGGGUUGGGUGUGCUGCGGUGCGGUGCAGACGGGCGCCCUGGUGGGACCGUUCAACCUGUUGAAUCACUCUCCCUGCCGAUCCACCUCUUUUUCUCUCUUUGUUGUGUUUCCUUCGCCUUCCCUAGCCAGCACUCCGUAAUGAGAUCGCAAGAGAAAUGCAACAGUGUGGGCCCCGUGCCGGGGACAGACGGCGCUGCCCUCCCUCCCCAUCUGUCAGCGGAGGAAACGGUGGAGGAGCGCUUUGUGCACGCCGAUGCGAAGAGGCUAUUCAACGUGGUGCCGUGUCUGCGCUACCUUCCCAUUUUUGGCACCAGUGCGGAAGCCUUCGGGCCAAAGUGCGUGCUGUCAGUGGGAUUGACAGAGUUUCUCUGCAAGGGUGUUGCCGACUUCCUCGUCCGUUUUUCACUGUACCCCAUGUUCAGGGUGCGUUUCGGCGUUGACGCCAUGACGUACCAGCGCUUGCAGAACUUGUCAAUGAUGGGGUGGUCGAUGAAACCGAUUGCUGCCAUGUUCAGCGACAUCUUCAGCUUCUUCGGGUACACGAAGCGCUGGUACUUGGUCGCCUCGUGCGUGAUCGGUGCCGCCUUUGCGCUUGCCUUUGGGAUGAUGCCCGCCACGAAGUCCAGUGCGGCGCCAGCAGCGGUGUUUGUUUUCCUCACCUGCUUCACCAAGGCCAUCGUGGACAUCCUGACGCAGGGCCACUACAGCCGCCUAAUGCGCCGUACCCCCCUCGCAGCCCCGUCGCUGGUGAGCUGGGUGUGGUGGUGGGUGCUCCUGGGCACCCUUGUCGCCUCCGUCAUCGUUGGGCCACUCGCCGACGCAAAGAUUGAGUGGAUCGGUGUGAUGGUUGGCGCCGCGCUGCAGCUCCUGACGACGUUCUUCUUCGCGAUGAACUGGUACGGGGAGAAGAAGAACCGUGAAAACCGUGCGGAGGACGCCAGGCUGUUGCGCGCAGACCUGUUGGCAGAGGCGAAGGACCGCAAUGCAAAGCAGGAGGAGGAUGGCGGCGUGGUGGCUGCGGUGAGCGACGACCUCAUGCUGGGACUCUCCAACGAGGUGUGCGUGGACGAGGAGGAAGAAAAGGUGCAGCCCCUGCCCAGCUGCUGCUGUGGUGCCUUCGAGGUGAACAAGGAGGUGGCGCGACGCAACUGGAGGAUGGUUGUCUACUGCCUUCUCGUGACGGCGGGCUCAGUCAUCAUGGCCAUCGUCACCCUUUUUGGAGGCACCUGGAAAUUGCUUGGCGCCUGCGUCGCCGUUUCCGUUUUCCUUUGUGGCUUCGGCUUCUUUGCCCUUCCGCUGGUGAUCGCCAAGGUGAAUUUGUAUUGGUUCAUUUGCAUGGCAGCGUGCAUUCAGCUUCCCGGCGCGAUGGACAGCUUUUUCAUGGCGGAGCCUGAUUGUCUCCCCGACGGACCGCACUUUUCGUACGUAUUCUACAACACGAUUGGAAGCGUCGUUUCAAACAUCGGUGGCAUCGUUGGUGUGGCGCUGUUCAGGUACGUGUUUUCGAAGCGGAGCUACCGCUUCACAUUCAUCAUCACCACACUUAUGCUGAUCGCGGCCAGCGUCUUUGACCUCAUCAUUGUGAAGCGCUGGAACCGUCCGCGCAUCAGCGACAAUGUGAUGUUUCUGUUCGGUGAUCAGGUC